AGAUCAGAGUUUUAGAAAGGGGGGAAAGUGCGGGGAGAAAGGAGGGGGAGAAAGCUUUAUCACAUGCAUACUGUCAAACUUGCUGCAUGUAGUAAAGAAAGGUUCCUGGAACCUUUAACCAUUUCCAUGGUGGAAAAAGACUAGCUUCUAUUUUGCUCAUGACUUUUGUUUGUCCUGGGAAUCAUAGUGGGGGAGGGGAGGAAUCCAUCAUGAAGGUGGAAGGCUGAACAGGAACAAAAGCAACCAAAUCAAGACAUCAAUCAGACAGACAAAAGAAAGUCCUAGAUUCUCCACCCCUUCUGUUUGCUGGUCUCCUUUAUCUACCUCUAGAUAAAAGUUCUACCUCAGACUGCGGUUUUCCUCAAGAUUUUUCCACCUAGAGGCCAGGAGAGAAGAAGAGUGUUUAUAUUAGGUUUGGGGUUCAACCACAAAGAAGUAACUUUGAAGAACUGAAGGUUGCUACUGCCAAGAUUGAUUGAAAGGGAACAUUAAGAUGGAGAAUUCUUCCAAAGACCAUGCCCAGUUCUUCUUGAAAAACACAAUGCUGUCUAUCGACAGGGUGUCUUUAAGAUCAGAAUCCUCAGCCUCAAAGGAGAAACAAACAUUGUGUGGAGGAAUGAAGAUUUUUCUUUGUGCAUUAUCGUUUGUUUACUUUGCAAAAGCCCUCUCAGGAAGUUACCUGAAAAGUACCAUCACUCAAAUAGAAAAAAGAUUCGAUAUCCCCUCUUCUCUGGUUGGCCUAAUAGAUGGGAGCUUUGAAAUUGGAAACCUUUUAAUCAUAAUUCUGGUAAGCUACUUUGGAGCCAAACUUCAUAGGCCAAAGAUCAUUGGAGCUGGUUGCUUUAUCAUGUCAAUUGGAACAUUUCUGAUAGCCAUGCCACAGUUCUUUAUGGGACACUAUAGGUAUGAGAUAUUUUCUUCCACCUCCAAUUCAACUAUCAGCAUCUCCCCAUGUCUGCAGGAUCAAAACCAAAUACCAGUCUCUGUCUUGGAAAGAUCUCAGGCCAAAACCCAUGCAGGAUGUGAAAAGGAAUCUGGCAUUUCCAUGUGGAUUUAUGUUUUGCUUGGCAACCUACUCCGUGGAAUAGGGGAAACACCAAUUCAACCUUUGGGAAUUGCAUACAUUGAUGACUAUGCCACAGAAGAGAGUGCAGCUUUUUACAUUGGUUGUGUGCAGACGGCUGCAAUUAUAGGCCCCAUCUUUGGUUUUCUUUUGGGGUCAUUAUGUGCCAAACUGUAUGUAGACAUUGGGUUUGUAGAUAUGGACAGCAUAACCAUAACUCAGAAAGAUCCCCAGUGGGUGGGAGCUUGGUGGCUUGGUUAUUUAAUAGCAGGAGGAAUCAGCGUUCUUGCGGCUAUCCCUUUCUGGUUCUUACCAAAGCAUCUUCCAAGACCGGAGGCCCGAAAAGAUUCCAGCACUUCCUCUGAACAAUCAAAAUUCAUCACUGAAGAUAACAGAGAGAGACACAUCACCUACCAAGAGGAAGUAAAGUUUCUUGAGAUGGCUAAAGAUUUUCUGCCUUCAUUGAAGAGUCUCUUUGGGAAUCCGGUUUACUUCUUAUAUCUCUGCUCCAGCAUCAUCCAGUUCAAUUCUCUCAUUGGCAUGGUGACGUACAAGCCCAAAUAUAUUGAACAACAAUUUGGACAAUCGUCUUCAAAGACAAAUUUUCUCAUAGGUCUUAUCAAUAUUCCUGCUGUAGCCCUUGGUAUAUUCUCUGGAGGUUUGAUCAUGAAGAAAUUCAGGCUGAACGUUUUGGGGGCAGCCAGGCUGUCCUUAGUAUCAUCUGUCUUUGGUUAUCUACUGCUUCUUUUGUUAUUUGCCAUGGGUUGCAAGAACGCUGAUGUGGCUGGCCUGACUGUCUCCUACCAAGGUACUAAACAGAUCUCCCAUUAUGAACAAACUCUCUUUUCGGAGUGCAACUCUGAAUGCAUAUGUUCCAAAAAUGAAUGGGAUCCCAUAUGUGGGGAAAAUGGAAUUACUUAUGUCUCAGCUUGUCUUGCUGGUUGUAAAACAGCUAAUGGAAGUGGGAAAGACGUGAUAUUUUAUAAUUGCAGCUGUGUGGAAAUCCCAGCAUUUGCCUCAAGGCAUUCUUCAGCUGUGGCAGGAUCUUGUCAAAAAGGAAAUGAAUGCCCCAAAAUGUUCCUCUAUUUUUUGGUGGUUUCAGUAAUGACUUCUUAUACCUUGUCUAUUGGAGGUACUCCUGGGUACAUUUUACUUCUAAGAUGCAUUAAUCCACAACUCAAAUCAUUUUCUCUGGGAAUCUAUACUUUGGCUAUAAGGGUUCUUGGAAUUCCAGCUCCAGUGUAUUUUGGAGUUUCAAUUGACACAACUUGUCUCAAGUGGGGAAGCAAAAGGUGUGGAGGCCAAGGUGCAUGCAGGCUGUAUGAUUCAAAUGCCUUUAGGUAUAUCUAUCUUGGUUUGACUGUUGUGUUGGGCACCAUGUCCACAUUUCUAAGCAUUGCUGUCCUGAUUGUCUUGAAGAGGAGAUACAUUCAUCGUAAUGAAACUGUCAUAUCCAGUGAAGAGACAGGAAUAACUUUGGCCAAAAGCAGGAAAAGUGACUUUGUCAACAGUGACCAUUUAAUUCAGUCCACCUACUGGCCAGAAAAAGAAACACGACUUUAGGAAGACCAGAUGUUUCCCAUGAUUUCGUCCUAAGAAGGAAAUCUUGACCCCGGCUUUAUUAUAAGUUCAUGUGUUUGGGGUGGGUGGUGGGUAGGGGAAUGGGCAAUAUAACUUUUUUUUAACAAAUUCAAAUUUGGUAAGCUUUCUAGAACUUGUAGAGGCCUGACAAUACGAUUUUGAAAGUGACAUUCUUCCAAAACAAAACAAAACCUCAACCACCACCCCGUUUUCUUCUUGUAAGAAAUACCAAGAUUGGUGUAUAAAUAAAUGGAGGAUUUUUCUGGAAAAAAUGUCCAAUGUUCCUUAAGAAGACAUUGUGUUUGCCAUUUAGACAAGUAUGAAACAUUUUCAUUUGUUUAAUUAUUGUGUAUUAAAAAUGAACUGUUGGCAUUCUGGUACGACUCUUUAGUUAAGGAUACUUAACUUUGAGCUCAUCUACAAUGACCCUUUAGUUUGGUAUAUAAUUGUCACGGCCCUGUGGCGGCUAAACACUGCACAGGGUGAUCUGGGUUAAUCCAAAUUAACCUAAGUUUGAAGAAACCCUGAAACCAGGGACAAAGUAGGUAUUCACUGAUUUUCUUCUUGAAGUAAAUGAGUAAUUUUAAUAAUUUUCUUCCCAUUGAGAAAAUCUUUGAAAACCUAUUGGCAAUUGGGAACUUAUUUUGUGCAAAAUUCACAUAGUAUUGGGGUUUUUUCCAAUUUCUGUGCAAGUUGUUUUAUGUGCAGAAAACUGUGCUUCCAGUGCAAAAUUUGUGCAAAAAUGUCCUGAAUCUUUUCCAGACACCCUUUCUCAGAACAGAAAAUAAUACUUGUGCAUGGAAAUUUUAUUUUAUAUGUAAUAAAUACUAUUUGAGCAAGCAGAGUGUAGUUGUUUGAGCAUUGGACUAUGAAUCCCUACUCAGCCAUAGAAACCCAUGGGAUGAGCAAGUCAUAUUCUCUCAAUUUCAGAAGAAGGCAAUGACAAACCACCUCUGAACAAGAAAUCUCUGUGAUAGGCUCAUCUUUGGAUUGCCAUAAAAUGGAAACAGUUUGAACACGUAUUAAAAACACCAAACAAAAAUAUUACUUCCUAGACAGAGAAGCCUGUUUAGUUCACAAAACAGCAUGCUAUUUUUUUCAUAGCGUAAGUUCCAAACUAAGAAGGCCAUUAUCAGUCUAUGUUUCUUCUGGUCAGGUUUUUUUCAUACAAAAAACUCUAUUUCUCUCUGUGUUUGUGUGUUUGCUAUUUUAAAGAAUAUUUUCCAACCUUCUUCCCAUCAACAAGACUAAUACUGGAUUUAGAUCUUACCCACCUUGUAUUGUCUAUUGUAAGCCAAGUUCCAAAAAGUCUUAGGUUUUCUCCACUCUUGCUAGUAAAAGAUGUACUCCACCACUUAAGAAAGUGGGCUUUGUGUAUCAACUUUAUGGCACACAUGAAUUUUAUACGGUUUUAAAGUCUAAAACAUUUUUAUUUUUUUUAAAAAAAUAACCUGAUUUUCAGGAUAAAUCCCCAUGAUAAAUGUCAGCACUACAGAUGUGCUUGGAGAAUGAAAAGGCCUAUUUUCUUCCUACUUUGUUCUUUUUGUACACAUUGUAUAGAUGUGACAAUAUAAUGUGUAAUAUGAUUUUGUGAAAAAUCCCUUGUAAGUCAAUUAAAAUGCAUUCAAAGAAAAUUGCUUAUA